CGCCGCCGCCGCCGCGUGCAAGGGCUUCUGGGAGCCGAGCCUCGGGGUCUCGGGGAAGGGGCGCAGAUGGCCGCCAUCUUGAAUUGCGAACCUGGUCGUUGGGCUCCACGCUAGGGGCGGAGUGGCGACUCUACUGUUAUCUGCAGCAGACGUCGCAGCCGGCGACUGGGAAGUCGGGGCACGGGUUAGUGCCACAUUAAUGGAUGCCAUGGCUAGUCCAGGGAAAGAUAACUACAGAAUGAAAAGUUAUAAGAAUAAAGCCCUAAAUCCUCAAGAAAUGCGUAGACGAAGAGAAGAAGAAGGAAUACAGCUUCGAAAACAAAAGAGAGAAGAACAGUUGUUCAAACGCAGAAAUGUCUCUUUGCCCAGAAAUGAUGAAUCUAUGCUAGAAAGUCCUAUCCAGGAUCCGGAUAUCAGUUCCACUGUACCUGUUCCAGAGGAAGAAGUUAUCACCACAGAUAUGGUUCAGAUGAUUUUUUCUAAUAAUGCUGAACAACAACUAACAGCAACACAGAAAUUUAGAAAGCUCCUUUCUAAAGAACCUAAUCCACCAAUAGAUCAAGUUAUACAGAAACCAGGAGUUGUACAGAGAUUUGUGAAAUUUCUUGAAAGAAAUGAAAAUUGUACUUUACAAUUUGAAGCUGCGUGGGCAUUAACUAAUAUAGCAUCUGGAACUUUUCUGCAUACCAAGGUAGUGAUUGAAACAGGGGCUGUUCCAAUUUUCAUCAAACUUCUUAAUUCAGAGCAUGAAGAUGUUCAGGAACAGGCUGUUUGGGCACUUGGUAAUAUUGCUGGUGACAAUGCAGAGUGCAGAGAUUUUGUUUUGAAUUGUGACAUACUUCCACCUCUUUUAGAGUUAUUAACAAAUUCAAACAGACUUACAACAACCAGAAAUGCUGUAUGGGCCCUCUCAAAUUUAUGUAGAGGCAAAAACCCUCCUCCAAACUUCAGUAAGGUUUCACCUUGCUUAAGUGUCCUGUCACGAUUGUUGUUUAGCAGUGACCCAGAUGUAUUAGCAGAUGUGUGUUGGGCCCUUUCUUAUCUCUCUGAUGGACCCAAUGAUAAAAUUCAAGCAGUCAUUGAUUCUGGAGUCUGUCGAAGAUUGGUGGAACUUUUGAUGCACAAUGAUUAUAAAGUUGUAUCACCUGCAUUAAGAGCAGUUGGUAAUAUUGUGACUGGUGAUGAUAUUCAAACACAGGUAAUUUUGAAUUGCUCUGCAUUGCCCUGUCUCUUACACUUAUUGAGUAGCCAAAAGGAGUCAAUUAGAAAAGAAUCCUGCUGGACUGUUUCUAACAUCACUGCUGGAAAUAGAGCUCAGAUUCAGGCUGUUAUAGAUGCAAAUAUUUUUCCUGUUUUGAUUGAGGUUCUUCAGAAAGCGGAGUUUCGCACCAGAAAAGAAGCAGCUUGGGCUAUAACUAAUGCAACAUCAGGAGGCACUCCAGAACAAAUAAGGUAUUUGGUAGCCUUAGGCUGCAUUAAACCACUUUGUGACCUUUUGACUGUUAUGGACUCUAAAAUAGUCCAAGUGGCUUUAAAUGGACUUGAAAAUAUUUUACGUCUUGGAGAACAAGAAUCUAAGCAGAAUGGAAUAGGCAUUAAUCCAUACUGCGCUCUCAUUGAAGAAGCAUAUGGUCUGGAUAAAAUUGAAUUUCUACAAAGUCAUGAAAAUCAGGAAAUAUACCAAAAGGCUUUUGAUCUGAUUGAACAUUACUUUGGUGUAGAAGACGACGACCCCAGCAUUGCACCUCAGGUGGAUGAAAACCAACAACAGUUUGUAUUUCAGCAGCAGGAAGCACCAAUGGAAGGGUUUCAACUUUAACUUGGUAGGAGAAAUAUUAAUAGCUAAAAAGGGUAGCUUCAGAUAUCUUCUCUGUUGCAGUGUCAGUAGGAAUGUUUGAUGUGUUUUUAUGUAGAACAGAAAAGAAAGAAGUUGAUGCACUUUUAAAAAGCAAAACAAAAGUUUCCAUUCAGAUGCAACCUUUCGUUAUAGUUUUGUUUUUAUUUUGGUGUGCCUGUAUUUUUGUCUUUUACUGUUUUAUCUAUUUUUUUGUAUCUAUUUGUGAGCAAUUAAAUAGAUUAUGUGAAAUUAUUUAAUAUUUUAAGCUUGAAAAGGAGAACUUUGGUAAAGUAUUAGAUAAUGGUUCUGAAUUUUUUCUAGCACUCUUGGAAACUGCACAUUAGCAGUACAGCUAUUGAUAAUUGCAUUUUGGCAGUAAGUCUGACAUGCCCAAUCUCUACUAAAUCUACCUCUAUCUUGAAGCAAAAACAAAACAAAAAAGCUUCAGAAGCAUGAAAUAGUGUAAAAGCUAAAUUAGAAGGUGAAAAUAUUUAUUACCUUAAAUUAUAAAUCACUGUGCUGUAGGUUAUACUUUGCAAAAAAAAAAAAAAAAAGACAACAGAAAACCUGUAAAAUUUAUUUAUAAAACAUAGAAGAAAUACUGUACUGAUAAUCAAUUAAAAUGUGGCAAUUGUGAAGAGAGAAGCUGUUCUUCAUGUUGAACACAUUAAAAUGAUUACACAACGUUUAAAUAUUUGUGUUUUUAACUUAUAAAUGCUAUUAUAUUAGUAUAUUUUGUAU